AUGGCUUCACGAAUAUCAAUAAGAAAACAAAUCUUAUUGUUUUGUUCAUUUUCUUUACCUUUAUUAGCAUCAGCUGCCACGACGGAUACACCAACCACAUGUUAUGUUAUAAAUGGACAACAUAAUGCCAACGCAGGUUAUAGAUGUGAUAAUUCAACAACGGGUCAUAGUUCAUGUUGCGCAGCUGGUGCAAUAUGUUUUUCAAAUGGUGUUUGUCAACAAGCAAAUGGGAAUGUCCAAGAUUAUUUAAGGGUUGGAUGUACAGAUCCCACAUGGAAAGAUCCAGCCUGUUUAGAUCAAUGUACUAGUUAUGCUAGAAGUUCAACUGCUGGUAUAAGAUUUUGUAAUGGAGCUAUAACAUCAACCACAGAAUAUUGUUGUGACACCGGUGCCGACGGUGUAGGGAGUUUUGCUUGUUGCGAUAAUGACACAGAUAUAUUCAACAUCUCGCCCGUAGCUGAACUCCUCGCUCAGGUUCCCCUCGACUACACCUCAUCAUCUUCAUCAUCCUCAUCAUCCACAUCUUCUGCAUCUUCUACAUCUGCUACAUCUUCCGCGACCACUUCAUCGGCAUCAACAACCACUACAUCCGGCUCAACCACAGCAGCAACCUCCGAGUCAGCCGCCUCCCAAACAUCCGCCGCCCCUCUGCCUACCGUAACCGCAACCUCAUCUUCUUCUAGUCACGCUGUCGCCAUCGGUGCCGGCGUCGCUAUUCCCUGCGGUAUCCUUGCGAUCGCGGCUCUUGGGUGGCUUUUAUGGAGAAAAAGACGCGCAUCAAAGCAACAGGCUAAUCAACUUCCUAAGAAUGAAGAAGGAUUUCCCGGCCAAGAGUAUCAAAAUCCAAAUCAGAAUUCACAAGCAUAUCAGCCUACAGAAGGAGCUUAUGUGCAAAACCAACACGGAGUGGCUGGGCAUGGAGAAUAUGGUCCAAGUGAAAUUGGAACGGGAUAUCCACGGGGAAAUUUGGGAGAGGCGGGUGGAAUCGGGAUGGCGGACAAGAAGGGAUAUUAUGCACCGCAGCCGAGCGAGAUGGAACAGCCGAGAACGGUGCAUGAGAUAGAUGGGGGGCAUUUCAGGGGGUAA